AUGACACGGUCUUAUAUUUUCAGGGGGACUUCACCCCAAGGUUCCAAUUUUUCUGCCCUAGACUCCAACUCCAGAGCUAUUAUACCUUCUGUGGAAGUUGCAGCAGGCGAAGACCCUCUUUCAUCAGUACAAGAUGGACAUACAUCUUCUGCGUCUGACUCUGGAGACUCCAGUCACCGCGGUUACACUCCAAGCCAGAGCACGGCGACUCCUCGUUACCGUGAAAAUCUAAGCUUGGGUGUCACAGAGCCUUUGCGGACGUUGAAUCUCCAAGAAACUCCUACAUCGCAUCGAACACCCUCGUGGAGGCAUGAUGGUCGGCGACAAAGUGCUGGGUUGUCCCCAGGCAGAUCCACAUCCACGUACGGGCGUUUGUUCAAUGCUACGCCGGAGCCCUCGCCAGAGCCAUCACGCGUACAGUCUACCUUGAAUUGCGAUUCAACCGUUGAUGGUUUAGCCAGCGAUUUAGAGGAUUCUCAUUUGAACGAUGAUGGGCCUCUGAGUGAUGAUAGUGACCAAUUGAGUGAGAUCGAAAACGAGGACGACGCAACUGACAGUGAUAACUCUUCCUUGUACAAUGUGCGACGCGAGCGCUUACCUCGUGCCCCUAUAUACAAUGCCGACUUACAGGAAAUCCUCCGAGGCAUCAAGAGUCAAUUGUCAGCCCUCCAAAAUGAUAUAGACCGAUUCCCAUUGUCUCGUGACCGUGAUUCGGAGCUCUUCCAACUGCGCGAGAAGGUGCGCAUGUUGAACGAACUCGAAUGUCCCGAGACGCGCACGGUGGGGUUCAUCGGCAACUCCGGAGUCGGCAAGAGUAGACUGAUAAACUCGCUCCUAGAUCAAGAAGGCCUCGCCCGUUCAAGUGGUGAUGGUUCCGCAUGUACCUCGGUAGUUACUGAGUUUCGACACAUGGAUGCGCGCCAUCCAGAUCGUUACACCAUUGAAAUUGACUACAUGGAUGAAGAAGAAGUGAAAGAAUUGCUAGAGGAGCUCGUUCAGAGCUUCAGGAUGUACUACACCGAUCUCUACCGCGAAGUGACUAGUAUAGAAGAGCAGGAGAGAAUCCGUGACCGGUCAACCAGAGCGUGGAGCACAUUGAACUCACUUUUUAGAGAUCAACCGGAGCUUACACACGAGUUUCUUUCCGACCAGACUGACGAUGCAUUAUCUAGAAUAUUGGAACAGCUUGGAGAUUGGGCAGCUCAGUCAUGUACGCGCCGCCCUGGGGGUGCAGCGCUUCAGCACACCAUUAUUCCGAGUAAUGUCCAAGAAUGUAGAUCACAGCUUGAUAUGCUUACAAUGGAUCCACGCGAUGAGAGUGAGGUUGCCAUCUGGCCCUUCAUUAAACUGAUCAGGGUGUACCUACGAUCACCUGUCUUGAGAACAGGACUGGUACUGGCUGACUUGCCUGGCUUCCGUGACCUGAACUUCGCAAGAGUUCGGGCGACGGAAAAGUACCUCAGACAUUCUUGUAACGAGGUUUUCGUCGUGACGACAAUUUCCCGGUGUGUUUCCGACCAGAGUAUUGAGGAAAUAAAGAGACGCUGCACCCAAGAACAACCAUUGCGUAUAGUGUGCACACGCAGCGAAGAAGUAAAUGCAAGCGAAACGGCUCGCGACUGCCGUGACCUUACAGCGCAAAUCGAGCAGCUACAGAACAGGCUUAGGCAUAUUAACAGGCGGCUUGCGAGGGAACGAAGUUAUAGGCAGAGAUACAGUGAGAUACUUCGGCUCAUGGAAAAUCAGGAAGACGCAAGGCUUGAGCUUGACCGGUUCUUGGUUGAGGGCCGGAAUCUGAGGGUCACAAAUCAGUUACAUCAAAACCACGGUGAAGUCCGGGUCUUUUGCAUCAGUAACGAAUGGUAUUCCCAGUACCGCCAGGAUGCAAACAGACACGCCGACACCUAUAUCGGGCUCAGCGGUAUCCCAGAACUUCGUCGUUAUUGUCAACUGGUCCCAGCAGACGCUCAGUUUCGUUUUACGGCUGCGUUUAUAAAGCAUCGCGUUCCGGCUGUUGUGAGAUCCGUGAGGCAAUGGGUUCUUGCUGGCUCAGAUGAUGUAACUGUAGAACGAGCCGUUGCACUUCGGCAAGUAUUACGGGAUGUGGAGAACGUCUUUCGCGAGCGGCUUAUCCUUCGAAAUUCAGAAGUUCGAGACUUUCCAAGAAGACUUGAAGAUCGGUUUCACGACGACAUUCUCAGCGUGACAUAUGAGCGCUUCCCCGUAUGGAAAUCCAGCGCAUUACAAACUAGCAGGACCUGGGAAAGCUGGCAUCAUAUGACCUACUCCGCUUUCUGUCGAAAGUAUGGAACGCAUUCUACCGGUGCUGUUAAAUAUCGCUCUUGGAAUGAGGAAUUGCUGGAAGGCAUGCAAACUGACCUCGAAGAACGCUGGGAAUCCAUAGAACGGUGGGUCUAUAUGCAGAAAUCUACAUUAGGAGAGGCUGUGAGAAGAACAUUUGAGGAGAACAAAGCCCAGAUAGAGGAUAUAAUGCAUCUAGCUCCCCUGGCGCUGGAAAACUUCAUCGAGAAUAUGGACGACUGGGAGAACUGCGUGGUCGCGGCUAUUAGCCAGUCUCUAAAUCAAUUACGUCAUGAACUAAGUCGAGUAGAAACAGACACUCUCCAUGGCCACGAUAGCUCCUAUAUUGCAGGUUUAAUGCGACCUGUAUAUAACAAAUGCAACAGUGAAUCAGGCGCAGGGUCUGAUUCUCGAAAGAAAAUGCUGAUGCGUAGCCACCUCACGAACUCGAACCUUUUCCCAAAUCUCACCAAUAUCAGCGAAGCCCAAUUCCGAGCUAGUGUCAGAGAAAUUUGCCAGGAAAUGAGGCGCAUGGUAGGUGAGCAGGUAGGCAAUAUAUGUGAUGAUCUCCACAGUAUCAUUGCGGAAGAGGGUGAGGUUACUGAGGCAAGGAGGUUUCCUGAAAUGGCGAGAACGCUGCAGCUUAAGGUUGAUACAGCUCAGGCGACCCUCGAGCGUGCACAGAGGAUUGUGGACGAGUUGGAGAACGCACCAUAA